GGUGUCCUGAUAGGGCCAUUUGCAAAAGCGUGACUGCGCGUUAGUCACAACACGCCAUCACGCCAACAAGCAACGCACCUUCGCGCUCUCACGCCAACAAGCAACGCGCCUUCGCGCAGACAAGCAACGCACCUUCGCGCUUUCACGCCAAUAAGCAACGCGCCUUCGCGCUCUCACGCCAACAAGCAACGCGCCUUCGCGCAGACAAGCAACGCGCCUUCGCGCUCUAACGCCAACAAGCAACGCGACUUCGCGCCGUCACGCCAACAAGCAACGCGCUUUCGCGCCAACAAGCAAUGCACCUUCACGCUAACACAACUUUACACAACUCGCCUUCGCGCCGACAAGCUUCGCGCCGUCACGCUAACAAGCAACACGCCUUCGCGCCGUCACGCCGACACGCUAACGCGAUAAAAAUUCAACCGGAAAUCGAAUACUGCGCAUGUUGGGAAACAUCACUACAUGGAAUUGCAACUCCCCAGAAAAUUAAAUUGUACCAGGAAACCAAAUAUUACACGUUCAGAGCUGAAAAUUUAGCGUAUAGGAUAUGGAAAAAUACACAUUUUUACAUAUUGAUCAAGGAUCUGAUGCAACACGUAAGUAAAAUUGUAUGUCAAUUUGUAAGUCUGUUAUCGAUUCAUAUUAAUGAAUAAUGAUUCAUUGAUUUGAAAAGCAUAUUUAUCAUAGAUAUUAUGUUAUAGGGGAAGAUCUCAUACGGGAUUAUUUCUUCGGGGGAUACACAAACCUGGAAAUCUGUGGCAUUCUACAAAUUAAGCAUGAAGUUAAACUAAGUCAAAGACAUCUGAAGAGGAUAAUGGCCAAGAUGGGUCUGAGGAGACGAAUGGUACCAAACACAGAAGAAGCAUAUCAAGUUAUCACGGAAGAAAUAAAUGAUAAAGGCUCGGUUCUUGGAUGUAGAGGAAUGCAGCGCAGGCUCUUGUCACAUGGACUUGUGGUGUCGAGAGAAAGAGUUGCCUAUAUUCAAAAUGUGGUAGAUCCAAUUAGGGUCCAAGAAAGAAGGCAAAAACAUCUUAGAAGGCGUGUAUACCACAACAAGGGACCCAAUUAUUUGUUACAUGUCGACGGCUACGACAAACUGAAAAGAUUUGGGUUUGCCAUUCAUGGAUGUGUUUGUGGAUUUUCAAGACGAGUCUUGUGGUUGAAAGUAGGAAGAUCAAAUAAUGACCCAAAAGUCAUUGCUUCAUACUUCUUGGAUUACAUAAGAGAAAUCAAAGGGGUACCUAGGUGUAUUCGUUCAGAUGAUGGGACAGAAAACUGCAUAAUUGCAGAUAUUCAGAGGGCAUUUCGGUGGCAUCAUGAUGAUGAUAUGGCAGGGGAGAAGAGUUUUCUGACAGGAUCAUCACCAGCAAAUCAAAGAAUAGAACGAUGGUGGUUGUCUAACAGGCAAGGAGGAGGGCAGUUUUGGAUAGAGUUCUUUAACAACCUGGAGCAAUUAGGGAAGUUUUCCACCUCAAAUCCUAUUCAAAUUGAAUGUCUUAGAUUCUGUUUCACCAAACUUGUGCAGGAUGAUCUGAACAAAUGUGCUCAAGAAUGGAAUCAACACAGGAUGAGACACACUAAAUCUGCUGAAUUGCCUGGAGGAAAACCAGACUUAAUGUUUUAUGUUCCUCAGCUAUAUGAUACACUUGAUUACAAAAUUGAGAUUGACGAAGCUGAUGUUGAUGCUGCUGAAGACUUCUGUGUUCGACAGAGUGCCUCUGGAUGUCUGGAAGAAUUUGAAGUAGAAUGUAAAAAUAUCCUGUUGGAAAACUCAUGGUCACAUCCAUCCAAUCAUAAAGAAGCCCUUGCAUUGUACGAAUGGCUCAUAUCCUAUUAUGGUGCUUGAACAGUUUAAUUCUAUUGUCAAUAGAUUUAUUAUCCUUUUCAAUUUCAUUCAUGGAAGAUUUUUGGCAGACCUUUUUUUUUUUUUUUUUAGCUCACUUUAGCUGAAAGCUCAAGUGAGCUAUACUGAUCACCUUUUGUCUGUCUGUAAACUUUUCACAUUUUCAUCUUCUCCAUAACUGCUGGCUCAAUUCAAUCAAACUUUGUAUAAAUCACCCAUGGAUGAAGGGGGUUUGAAUUUAUUCAAAUGAAGUCCCCUUCAAAGGGGAGAUAACUAAAAAAAAUGCAAAAAUAGGAUAGGGUCAUUUAAAAAUCCAGAGAGCUACUGGGCUAGAAAAGUUCUUUACACGAAAGCUUCCUGAUAUAGCGUACAUCAAGUGUGUAAACAUCAUGCCCCCCCCCCCCCCCCCCCAGGUUAAGGCCACAAUAGGGAAUCAAAGUUGUAUAUAUGAGUAUAUAUGGAAAAUCUUUAAAAAAAAUUCUUUUCAAAAACCAUAGGGCCAGAAAAAUGGAAAUUACAUGAAAACUACCUAGAGUAGAUCCAACUUUUUGUAAGUCAUAAAUCCCAUGUAGGGGUAGGGUGUAGCCACAAUAGAGGAUGAAUGUUUUAUGUUGAUAUAUAGAAAAAAAUCUUUGAAAAUACCUCUUCAACUAUUUCAUAUUUUGUGUAUACUGUACCUUCUUUGAGGAAAGACCUUUCAUGUGAUGCGAUGGCGUGAUCUUGUAACAUUGACCUGGAAGUUUGACGUAUUUUAAAUAAAAUUUGACCUAUUCAAUAUGUCCUGAAGGUAGAUUUUUCAUAUUUUGUUCAUUUUAUAUCAUGACCUUUGACAUUGAACUUUCGAGUUUAACCUACUUUUAAAAAAAAACCCAUAACCUAUGAAAUAUAUCUGGAGCUAUUAUAGUUGGGCCCUUUCAUUUUUUGUAGAUAGAUUCUUUAUGGCAACACCUUAUUUUGUGAACACUGACAAUGGAGUUGGACCUACUUAAAAAUAAUCUGACCUAUUGAAUAUCUCCUGAACUAUUUAAGAUAUAUCUUUCAUAAGUUGUAAAGAAAUUUUUCAUGACAAUACCUUUUUUUCAUAAAUGUACUAUAAUCUUGUGACCUUGAAAUUUGACCUACUUUUAAGGAAAUGUAACUUAUAAAAUAUUUUCAGAAGUAUUCCAGGUAUAGGGUGUCACAUAUUGAAUUUAGAUUCUUUAUGACAAGAUGACCUUGUAAUACAAUCAUAUUUGAUCUUAUGACUUUGACCUACUUAAAAAUCUGACCAAGUCAAUAUUUUCGGAAUCAUAUAAGGAAAAGCUUUUAUAUUUGUAUAUAGAUUUUUAUGGCAAGACAUUGAUUUACUUCAGUGUUUGACAAUGACCUGGAUGUUUUACCUACUCUUAAUGAAAAUCUGACCUAUUGAAUAUCUCCAUAAGGGCAUUUGCUGUCAUUUUAUCACCAAAAACUGAAUUAAAUUAAAAUUGCUCCAUGUUAUAUAUUUCAGUAAUAACAGCAGUGUUUAAUUAUUUCAAACACUUGUUAACAUCAAAGCAAGCAAAUGAAUAUGUGAUUUUGGUGAUUAAAUGAUCAUUGCCUUGCAAGACACUAAUUCUUCCUUCUAUAUUUCUUUACACUAAAAGUGUGUCUAACAUAGUUUCAUUAGAUUUUUCUUGUAUUUGUACAAAAUAAAUUUUUUUAUUGUCAUUAAUAUACACAUGUAUUCCUAUGCCAUUGAGAGAUUUUGAGAGAGAAAAAAAUUGCCAUCACUUUCACAGCUAAUGUCCCUUUAAAAUAAAGCUUUCAUAAUUAAGUCUCCCAAACGAAGUUUGGAGACUUAUUGUUUUUGCUCGGUUCUUAUUAUUCUUCCGCUUCUUCUUUCUUGCACCCAAAACUUUCUGUCACCGUUCUCCAUAACCAGUUGAUGGAAGUAAUGGAUAUUCAAGGAUCUGAUAGGCCAAUGUACCUAGAUGUGCAGAAAUGUUUUUGUUUUCAGAUAGAAGGGGGUUAGGGUACAUUUUGGGGGAUCAAAUGGGGGUGGAUUUUCAAAACUUUAUGAGGAAAAUCAAUUCCAAAAUUCAACAGAUAUAACUUGCUAAAUAUGAUAGAGUCCCGGGGUCUUCAGAAAUGAAUAGAGAAUGACAGAGCCUACAAAUUAGUAUUAAGGUCAAGUGACUCCAAUGACCUUGACCAUGAAGAGAGAAACUGGUAAAACUUUAAAACCAGGACUAAUAGCGACAUUGGAUCUUCAGAAAUGUAAAGAGGAUGAGAGGACUUACAAACUAGUAUGAAGGUCAAGUGACUCCAAUGACCUUGAACAUACAAACUCAUAUAAUUUUAGAACUGGAAUAGAUAGAGACAUGUGAUCUUCAGAAAUGAUAAGAUCUACAAACUAGUAUCAAGAUUAAGGGACUCCAAUGACUUUGACUUCUGACCUUAGAUCAUAAACUUAAUAUUACUUGAGAAGCGGGUCUGAGAGUGAUAUGGAAUCUUAAGAAAUGAUGAAAUCUACAAAUCAGUAUAAAGGUAAAGUGACUCCAGUGACCUUGACCUCUGACCUUGAACAUAAGUCUGGUAUAACUUUCAAACUAAGACUGAUGGAGACAUGGAAUUUUCAUAAAUGAUAAAAGGGUGUUGUGACCUACAAACCAGUUUCCCCGUGACCUUGAUUUAAAAAACUUGUAUAACUUUAGAACCAGGACUGACAGAGACAUGAGAUCAUCAAAAAUGAUGAGAGAAUGUUGGGACCUACAAAGUAGGAGCAAGGUCAAGUGUCACUAGCUUUACUGAAAGAAAAUGGGGAUUUUUUGAAAAAUUUCAAUAUGAAAGUCUUUGUGAUGUACAUUAUUUAAAUGGAAGUUAACAUUGUCAUGAAUUUUGUCAAGGGAGGAAAGUAGUAGUGCUAAAAAAGGGCACUUUUAUACAGCCAGUACUUCGUUUGGGAGACUUUAUAAUCGGAAGAUUAUAAUAAUAUCGUGUUUGUAUAUAGAUUUCAUAGGGUAAGGUUUUCCGUAUCAUACCAUGGUCUUUCCAGAACAAGAUCUUGUUGUCAUAUUUGUGUUGAGGCAAUUCAGUGUUGUGUCAAUUCUUUUCAGUUAUGUUGUGAUCCUUUGGAGCUAGGUUGGGGUCACAAUAUGGGGUCAAAAUUUUUCAUGGGAAUAAAGAUUAAUAAGAAAAUCUUUGAAAAGUCACAGCAGCUGAACAACAGCAGGGCCAAGGUGACUCAGGUGAGCAAUGUGGCCCAUGGACCACUUGUUUGUUUGUGUAUGGAUUUUUUAAGGAUUUCUUUUUUAAGUUAUCUUAGAAAAAUAAAAUUAAUUCAAUGUCA